GGUUAGAAAGAGACACGUUUGUCAACAACACCACUUUCGUAAUUUGAUGUAAUUGAAUCUUUUCCGAGCGUCACAGUACUCUGUGCAAAGAUAUUCUGUCUACCAUAAGCCAUGGAGGGAAGAUAUAACAUGCGCAGUCCAGCCGUGAAGCGGCUAAUGAAGGAGGCACAGGAGCUGAGAGAACCGACAGAACAGUACUUUGCUCAGCCUCUUGAUGACAAUCUGUUUGAAUGGCAUUUUACCAUCCGUGGACCCUCUGACUCGGAGUUUGAAAGUGGCAUAUUCCAUGGGCGCAUCAUCCUGCCCCCCGAGUACCCCAUGAAGCCCCCCCAGUAUCAUGAUAUCCUUGUUUUGCAGCCGAAUGGCAGAUUUGAAAUCUUGAAGAAGAUCUGUCUAAGUAUAUCGGGCCAUCACCCAGAAUCCUGGCAGCCAUCCUGGUCCAUUCGGACUGCAUUGUUAGCUAUCAUCGGGUUUAUGCCCACCCAUGGUGGAGGUGCAAUUGGAUCACUGGACUAUAGUGCUGAAGAAAGAAAGAUUUUAUCAAAGAAGUCACAGGACUUCAAAUGUACAACGUGUGGUAGUGUGAACAACACCCUCAAGCCAGUCACAGAAGCAUCGGAGAAAACAAAACAGGAGGCAAAGGAAUUGGCAUCCCAGAUUAACUUCCAGGGUGAGAAAGAAAAGAAAGAACCCAGCUCUUCACCAACCAAUGAGAGUGGAGCUUCAUCUGGACCUACCAAUGAAAGCACAGCUUCCCCAGAUGGUGCCUCUGCAACCUCGCCUUCACCCCCUUCCCCUCCCAACUUUCCGUGGCCAAUGCCUCCUGGUAUGACUCCUUUUCAUGGUAGCCCUGGCAACCAAUCACUCCAGCAGUUCCCCUUCCCACCACCCCCUUUCAUGGUUCCACCAGCAUGGCAAAACCACACUAGCAAUGCUGCCAGUCAAAUUCCUCGAUUUCCACCUUAUUUCAUGCAUCCAUCAUUUUUCCAACCCCCUUCAACAAUGAAAAGUAAUUCUCAGAUGCCUCACAUGGCCCACAUGCCUCCGUGGUUCCCUCGGCCACCCAUGGGCCAGACGAGCACCACAGCAUCAAGCAGCAGACCGGUAAUGUCAGAAAAGCAGAGGCCUUCAGAAUCUUCAACUGACUCAACAAAGACAACCACAGUGCAGUCUCCAGCACCCAGCACGUCCCUGUCAGCUCCAACCCAGUCACCUUCCACCACACCGACCUCCAGCCAGUCAAGUCCCAGCCCUGUAUCAUCAUCUCAGUCAACAGCAGGAGCGGUGCAGACAUCCACACAAUCAGCACCCACUGUAAGCUUAACAGAGGGUGUGCGACAGCGGCAGGCAACAAGGCCACAGACUACUGUCACGCAGACAACAGCCCCUCGUCCUGCCCCUGUCUUCAAUGAAGGUCAAGGUCAGCCUAAUGCAGGAGGAAUCGUGUCUGCGGCACUGAUUCUGGUGGUGGGCCUGACAAUACUGCUACUACUGAUCCGGCGUCUCUACACCAUGAAUGUGUCCAUGUGAUGUUACUGCUGCUAGGACAUGAAACUGUUAAUGUUAACAGCUUCAGCCAUUGUGUUGAUGAUCUUGAAAACAAUUGUCAGGAUGAAGCAAGAAGAGUCUGACUUGGUUGUGACAAAUUGUAGAGGUUGCUCAUACACUAAGAACUGGGUGAAAUGGUUGACUUUCUUCACACACAAAUGUUACAUUUGGAAGCCACAAGCCAACAGACUAGCUUUAGUUUAUAAAGCUGCAGCCUGUAAAAUAUUUCAAAUGGACAUAUGGAAGUGGUGAUGUAAAAGUGUGAGUUGAUUUACUCAUGAUCCACUUGAUGGAAUAUGAUGGUACAUCUUCACUAUUGGGAGAGUAUUUUCUCUAUGUGAACAGACAGCACUACUGAGUCUAGUGUUUCCUGCUUUUGUUUGUUGAUUUAGAUUGUUUUGUUAUUUAUUUGAAGGUUAUUGUUUGCACAAUAUCAUAUGAAAUGUAAACCUCAGCAUUCUUGUAUCUGGAAAGAAGAAAGUCAUUUGGGCACUAAACUUUUGCAAACUAAUUGCAGGCAAGCAACCUAUAUUUCCAGGUGGGAAAGGUACUACCAAUUUAUGAGACAAUCCUUUUCUCAGAGUGUAAAUAUAAUGCUCUCUUGUGUGUGUAUGACUACUGUACAUUAGUCCUAGAAGCUAGCCUGUUCUACUUUGGGUUUUUGAAGCUCUUUGUGUAGAAGAGUCUCUCGGCUCAUGUUGUAGAAAUAUGAUACCCCAGGUACAUCUAGUAGCAAGUAUUAAAUGUACCAGUACAAAAUACAAAAUACCUUUUUGAUGUUUCAGUAUAUAUUGUGAAUGAAAUUAAUUGACUUAAAAUGCAUGACAGAAACAUACAAAUGUUCUUGUAGUUCCAACUGCCUGAGCUGGGUAUACAUUAUUCUUGUGAUGACUACUAUAUGUGAGAGAUGGGGUGUCAUGGUUCGGAGAGCAAUGUGAAUUUGUACCGGUGCUUCUACACUACAGCAAUAGUUUGUGUUGGGAUGGUUGUAUGCAGGGCUUGUUGAACAGGUGUCCUGGUAGUGCCAGUACAGAUUCCCUACAGGUGUAUGUAUGUGGGGGUGGGUGGGAGUGAAGGUGCCUUGGAGAUAUCCUCCUAUUCAGGAAGGAUGAGUAAUGAGAAGGGGGAUGAAGUCAGUGUUGGCUGGAGGUUGGUUACUAAACAGGACAUGGUGUGAUAAUUAUGAGAUUGUUUGGCUAACAAAUCUGUGUUGUUCAAUGAAUAAGCCUUUCAAAAACAGUUGUUAGAAUGUCUAUGUUUAAACAGAAUACUUAUAACAACUUAUACAGGUAACAUACUUGGGUGACAUCAAUAUAGAUAAAGACCAUCGGGGUCACAUGAAAUGAGGAAAAUGACAAUGGAAUUUGGAAGGUGAUAUCGAUCAGAAAUGUGUUCAAUCAUUGUUUUAGAUGUUGAUCAGAAUGAAUUCAGGAAAGUAUUGCAGUAUGUUGAACUAAUCCGGCAUCUUCAUGGUACCGUUCUAGCAAUAAUAUCUUUGGGAAAACAAACAUGGAAAUCCAUGGCCUACAGAUAAUUAGUUGGAUUGUUGUGUCAUAAUAUGCAUUAUAUGACUUCUGUGAUAUAAUCGGUAGGACUGGGGCUUAUGUUGUAUAUAGAAUUGUACUUGAAAUUAUGCUUCUUUGUGUCGGCAUAAAUAUAUUUAAUAUGAAUUCUGAUAAUGUCAUUAUGUGUUUCAAAUGGUGUAAAACAUUGGAAGAAAUAGAUAUGGAUGACUC